CGCUGCUCCUCCCUCCCGGCCAGCCAGCCGGCCAGCAGUCCCCUCCGAGCUCCAGCCUCCCUCCUCCGGCACCUGCGGCACGCAGUGGGGGCCCUGGGUGGUGCAGCCCGAGAGCAGGGUUCUGGGCACCAUGGCUGCCACCCACCCCAAGGCCCCCACAGCGCAGCGCCUGGCCCAAGGCUGCUGGUCUGCAUUCUGGGACUACGAGACGCCCAAGGUGAUCGUGGUGCGCAACCGGCGCCUGGGGGUCGUGUACCGGGCGGUGCAGCUGCUCAUCCUGCUCUACUUUGUGUGGUGCGCAGGAGGAAGUGGGGAGCUGGGCUGGGUGGGGACAACAUCGCACAGGAGGCUGGGGCCCUGCAGGUACGUGUUCAUCGUGCAGAAGAGCUACCAGGACAGCGAGACGGGCCCCGAGAGCUCCAUCAUUACCAAGGUCAAGGGGAUCACACAGUCUGAGCACAAAGUGUGGGACGUGGAGGAGUAUGUGAAGCCCCCUGAGGGGGGCAGUGUGUUCAGCAUCAUCACCAGGAUUGAGGUCACCCCCUUCCAGACCCUGGGUGCCUGCCCAGAGAGCAUAAGGGUCCCCAACACCACCUGCCACUUGGAUGCUGACUGCACAGCUGGAGAGCUGGACAUGCUGGGCAAUGGGCUGCGGACAGGGCGCUGCGUGCCCUACUACCAUGGGGAGGCCAAGACCUGCGAGGUGUCCGGGUGGUGUCCAGUGGAGGAUGGGGCCGCAGUCAGCCACUUCCUGGGUAAGAUGGCCCCAAACUUCACCAUCCUCAUCAAGAACAGCAUCCACUACCCCAAGUUCCAGUUCUCCAAGGGCAACAUUGCACACCGGGAGGAUGACUACCUGAGGCGCUGCACCUUCGAUCAGGGCUUUGACCCCUACUGCCCCAUCUUCCGGCUGGGCUUCAUUGUGGAGCAGGCUGGGGAGAACUUCACAGAGCUGGCACACAGGGGUGGUGUUAUUGGCGUCAUCAUCAACUGGGACUGUGACCUGGACCUGCCCUCAUCCCACUGCAACCCUAAAUACUCCUUUCGGAGGCUCGACCCCAAACACGUCCCCGCCUCCUCAGGCUACAACUUCAGGUUUGCCAAGUACUACCGAGUGAACAGCACCACCACCCGCACACUCAUCAAGGCCUAUGGGAUUCGCAUCGAUGUCAUCGUGCACGGUCAGGCAGGGAAGUUCAGCCUGAUUCCCACCAUCAUCAACCUGGCCACUGCGCUGACCUCCAUUGGAGUGGGCUCCUUCCUGUGUGACUGGAUCUUGCUAACAUUCAUGAACAAAAACAAGGUCUACAGCCAUAAGAAAUUUGACAAGGUGUGUGCGCCAAGCCGGCCCUCCAGCAGCUGGCCAGUGACACUUGCUCUUAUUCUGGGCCAGGCUCCCCCACCACCCAGGCACUGCUCUCAGUCCCUGGCACCUGGCCCAUCAGGCCAGUGGGGCCCACAAGGGGCAGAGCCAGGCAAAGUUGUUGGGUCUCCAGAAUCCCACUCCAUACCCGCCCUGUCUGAGCAGAUAGCGGACACUCCUGACCGGUGUGUAGGACAAGGGCUUCCCUCUUCUGAGUCGCCCCUGCAGGACUCCACACCCACAGACCCCAAAGGUUUGGCCCAGCUCUGAACUUCUGGUCCUCACUGUGCUACAGACCUAGGCUCCAAAGUCCCCACCCAGCUGCCUCGGCACACCCCCUAGCUAUGCCUUGGAUGCCCCUGGAAGCCCAGGGGCAGAAGCCCUAAGCAGAGGGAUCCAGUCCCCACGCCAGGUCUGCAGACAGGAGGGUUCCUGCCAACUGGAGACCUCCCUGCCUGCCACCACCCUCUGACAACCCCUGGGGGACCCCACAUCACAGCUGAGUUCUGAGGAGCGAAGUCCAUGCUCUUGCCCCCAAUCCCCACAACCCUGCCAGACCUUCCCCUGGAAGCCACAGCAUCCGGAGUCCAAUAAAACUGAGUUGCAGCCCA